GUGAAUUUCAUUGAACACGUCCAAGCCUUCAUCAGCGUGCGCGCAAGUCGCCGAGGCGACCUUGUGAUGUUCCUAACCUCUCCAAUGAACACGACCUCGAUGAUCCUAGGGGCCAGGCCGAGGGAUUCCGAUUCGCGACGCGGUUUCACCAAAUGGCCCUUCAUGACCACCCACAUGUGGGCUGAAAGUCCCCGGGGGACGUGGCGACUGACCGUGGGACUGGACCCACAGAAGAAGCGCUCCGUUCGACGUCCAGAUCCAGCUCUCGGACAUGCUGUGUUGACCGAGUGGAUCCUGAUGAUUCACGGGACUCAGAAGUCACCAUAUACCGCUUUGCCAGACACCGCAAGCAAGCUGGUGCCAAAACUUGGUAUUGUGAAAAGGCAACACCUCUCCGACCGAUUUUCAUCGUAA